AUGUUCCUGGACCAUUUCAAAAGGCAGGCCUCUCAUUUUUGGCAAGAGAGAUAUAAAACUGCUAGGCUCGCGUUCACCGAUGUUACUCCUGCCGAACUGUGGGCUGAGGAGGCAACAAACGGUGAACCAUGUAGCCCUGAUGCUCAGACAAUGACUAGAAUAGCUGCCGCCUCUUUUGAUAUGGAGAACUAUUGGAGAAUAGUUGACAUCCUUCACAGAAAGUUAUAUAACGUAGAUUGGAAAGAAUGGAGGCAAUCCUACAAAGCAUUGGUACUUCUGGAGUUUUUAUUAACACAUGGCCCUGUAGACUUUGCUGAAGAAUUUCAAGGUGACAGAGAAGUCAUCCAAGAGUUGGGAUCAUUUAAGUACAUUGAUGACAGAGGAUUCGACUGGGGUUCUAGCAUGCAAAAGAAAUCGGACCAAAUACUAAUUCUUCUAGGAGGGGGACCGACGCUGAGAGAAGCACGUUUUAAAGCUCUCAAAUUAACAAAUGAAAUCCGAGGGUUUGGAAGUUCACCAUCUUCUCCUUCAUGUUCAACUCCUUCCUCUGCUUACUCUGAAACACCAAGAGCUUCAUCCUUUAGCUCAUUUUCUACCACUAGUUCGGUAUGGAAUGAAUUAAACAAUGAGCUGACUAGCAAGAUUCAUCAACAAUCGCCAACUAAAUCGCAAGCCAUGGAAAGCCAUUCACGGGUUGGACUGCGGGACAGCUAUGAUGAUCAUGAUCGUUACGAGAGCACUAGCAAUUUCCCUGCAAUAAGUGAAAGUAGGGAAGGAUCACACAUUUGGAAUUGCCCUCCAAUUGAAGAAAAAAGUUCGUUACUUGAAUCAGAAGAAGGAGACGAUGGAGACGAUGACAAAUAUUAUGAGAAGGAGGACGGUAUUAUAAGUGGAAUUUGCUCAAAGCUGGUUAGUCUUAGUCCUAGAAGAGGGAAUGGACCUUAUGGUAAUAUUGGAUUUAGGAGUGUUUCUGAUGUUGGAAUGGAGAUGCGGAAGAAUAAGCUUGAUCGUCAAACUUCGUUUUGGUAUUGA